CCUACAAAGGCUUUUCCGCGGGCAGAAUAAUAACCACCACAGCACGGCUGUGAUGGAGCAAACUUGGUCAACUUCCCCCAGGCUCUGGACCUCCAGGAUACAACCACUAAUUAUGUAUUGGCACAAACGCGGGAAUAAUUUACUCAAAACUAUGUUGGAUAAAGCAGCUGGAUCCUUGCUGUUGGGAGACGGAUCCCUGCUUGUCCCAGCCAAGACGUGAACAGAGGAGAGGGAGCAGGACACCGUCUCUGAACAAGAGAAGCAGGAUGGAAGCAGACCCAGCAUUCCGUGAGGCACCUGAACAGCUCUGGGAGCAAAUCCAGCCCUCCACAGGGCACCUGGAGAAGGUAUUUCAUGUGCUGGUAUUCCCAGAGGCUGAACUUGGAGGAAACUGAGCGGAGAGCCUUCAGCGGGGUCAAUGAACGGACCUUCGUGGCCAUCAAACCGGACGGGGUCCAGCGGCGCCUAGUCGGGGAGAUCAUCCGGCGCUUCGAGAGGAAGGGGCUGCAGCUGGUGGGGAUGAAGCUGCUGCAGGCCUCGGAGGAGCUGCUGAAGGAACACUACAUCUCCCUCCGGGACCGCCCCUUCUACAGCCGCCUGGUGAAGUACAUGAGCUCCGGGCCCAUCGUGGCCAUGGUCUGGCAGGGCCUGGAUGUGGUGAAGACAGUUCGUACCAUGAUUGGGGAGACCAAUCCAGCUGAAUCCAGGCCUGGCACCAUCCGAGGAGACUUCUGUGUUGAAGUUGGCAAGAACGUGAUCCACGGCAGUGACUCGGUGGAGAGUGCCCAGCAGGAGAUCUCGCUCUGGUUCCGCCCGGAGGAGCUGCCGUGCUGGGAGGACACAGCUGCACGCUGGAUCUACGAGUGAGGAGCAAUCCCAAGGGAAGUUCAUCUUCCUGCUGGGACACAGGACAUUUCCAUCCAUUUCAUGGCAGCUGCUGGGGCUGCCUGCAGAUCCUCUGUGGGAUUCCUCUUCUGCCUGGGGGAUCCUGGGAGCUGGGCUGUGUGUGGAACUCUGUGGUUCAGCUCCCACCAAGGGGAGCUGUUUCUUUUUCUCUCUUUGCUCUAGUAAGUAGUUGGUACUGUUUCUCUGUUUGCUGCAGCAUCUUAAAUCCUAAGUAGCUCAGGCUGAUUUGCUGAAGUAAAACAUGGGCUCUUGGCCCAUUCCUGGGUGUUCUCAUUCCUGCCUAGAACAGGAGAAUGCAUUUUUCCUUGCUGCUGGUCACAAGGUGAUGGGCUUGACAGUUUACCUGCAUUUCUAGAAGGCUUUUCACCAAAGGCUUUUAAAGAAUUGGGCUGCUAUAGGAUAAGGGAGCAAAUUCUCAUUUUGGAGUUCAUUCCAAGACAAGGAAUGAAGGAUGGGACAAUUCUCUCUCCCUUGGUGUGCUGGGGCUGGCACAAGCCCACCCAGUUUCACACAUGAUGAGUGAGUCCAUGGAAGGAAGAUUCUCCAAAUGCUGUUAAACGCACAAUCCCUCAGGCUCUGGUUCCUGGGCUGUGGCUGCUGGGAGUGGGAAGCUCCUCCAGAUCUGCUCUGCUUCUCUGGGGCUGCAUGGCCCUGACCCAGCCUGACACCAGACUGUCCCUCCAUGGUCACUGAUGUGAAGCAGCAGCACUGGGGCAGCCACAGGAAGAGAAGGGGGAGAGGGAGGCAGGGAAGGAUUUGUGGAUCUGGGGCUCAGGAAGGAUGGCUUAGGGGAGUAUUUUGUUCUCUCUUGUGCACAGCACAGGCUGUGUAGUCCUGGCACUGAGCUGUGGCAGAGCCCAAGAUCUUCCUUGUCCUCCCGAGAGCUUGCAGUGGAGAUUUCCUGCUGGGAGGGUAUCUGGAAACCAGUUUGUAAUGGGCUGGACACCACCUGUGAGCUGUUCCUGGGCCACCUAGCUCCUCACAGUUAUGCUGUGUCUGAGCUCCCUGUGCAGCCCCACCAGAGCAUAAGGACAGGAACAGUGACAUGGAAUCCUGCCAUGGAACAGGGACACAGUUAAACCGAGGGAAUGAGAUCCCCAGGGCAUCCUGUGUGCAGGAUGAGUCUGACAGUGCCCUCAAAGCCUGUCCCUCUGGGUCCUCAGCUUUGUAGGUGCUGGGGAGUGAGGGCAGCUCUUGGGGGGCAGAGUGAAGUCACCCCCACUCCUGCUCUGUGCUGGCCCCAGGGUGGUAGGGCUGGGAGGUCUCCCUCUAGUGAGUGGGGCUGUCCAGCUGCCUCAGCCAAGGCUCUUCCUGCCUUGGGGCCUUCUCCAGGCACCUGUGUCCAGCUCUAAAUACUUGACAGAUCCUGUUUGUUCCUGGACCUUGUCCACUUGGCUGAACUUGGAGUCUGGCUGCAGCAGGGCUGCAGAAGAUGCUGGUGCAGACAGAGGCAUGAACUGAGUGGGAGGAAGGCCACAUUUGUUGUUUAACAGAUGGAUUGAGAAGAGCUGUUGACACCAAGAGCUGCUAGCUCUGACACAGAAAAGCUGCCCAAAUACCUGAGCUUCAUCUCCUGCCAUUGCCUGUUCCUGUAGGAUCCUUCUUCUCCCUGUCUACAUGGAUGCCCUCCCAGUGUCAAAGCCCACUGAACUCCAGUCAGGUAACAGACCUGACUCAUGAGACACAAUCCCAGGCCAGUCCUCUCCUCUGUGUGUGUGUAGAUUUGGUGUCUGCCAUGACCUCGUCCCGCUCUGGGGCACGACAGAGCAGCAGCUGCAGGGAAAGGGCCCCCAGAGGCACUGCUGGGAGCAGGUACAGGAGCUGAGCUGUGGAUGGUCUGCCUCGAGCCCCUGGGGACUUCUGAUUGCUUUGCAUGUUGGUUCCUGCUGCUUCUCCUCUGUCCAAGACUGUGUUAAACUGUAACAAUAAAAGUAGAAGCUGUC